GACAUGCUAGAAUGAUCUCCAUUGGGCGGAAAAGACACGGACCAUCCCUGAGAAGCACAGUCGCGAAUCUGGGACCAGAAAGAGGUACCGGGGCUCUGGAUGCCAGAAACCCCAGUGCGCAGGAUUACUCAGAUGUUGGAGAGGUUUCCUUAACCCACGCUGGCAAUGCCUCAGGAUGUUUUCCAGGAGGUCACAUAAGAGCCACAUGCCACAGAUGGAGGACAAGCUGAAUGAGAGCCCCUGCUCUACUUCCCUGAAGGAAAGAAGGAAGCCCCAUGCCAUCAGCACGAAGCCCCGCUGGCUCAGGGGUAUGAACAUCUCACCCAUGCCCGACAAUGAGAACCGUGAGGAAGGGACCAUCGAAGGAGGCUGGAUGCUACUGGAACAGCGAGUGGAGCACCUGGUACCUGCUGUCCUGGGUAGAGACCCCUCCUACCUCUUCACAUUCUUGAGAACAUACAGAACAUUUGCUACCACCCAGCAGGUCCUGGAAAUACUGUUUAUGAGAUACGGAUGCUUCCAUUCAGAGGCUGAGGAGGAUGGCGGACCCCGGGAGCAGGAGAAACUGGCCAUCUCCUCCAUCCUGGGCACCUGGCUGGAUCACUACCCCGAGGAAUUUUUCCGGCCUCCAGACUUCACCAGCUUGAAGCUGCUGCGGGCGUAUGUAAGGGCCCACAUGCCGGGCUCCGAGCUGCAGCGCCGCGCCCGCCUUCUCUACUCAUGGCGGAAACACCCUUUGGCAGCAGCUCUAGAGCCCCGUCCAGACGUGCCUCGGGAGCGAGCCCCCGCUAUCUCUGGGGUGCCCACUGCAGCCUCGCGGCCCAGGCUGCCUGAAGCCACCAGUUCUCCUGGAGCUCAGCGGGUACGAGAAUCGGAGACCCUCACUGCAGCGUCCCCACCAGGGCAGGAGGUACUCCCAGCUCUGGCUGACAGUCAGGAGCUGGAAGAGCCACCUGCCCCUUUGGUGGCCCCAGAGCAUGAGCAGCCCCCAGCCCCAGCCGGCGGGGUCACGGAACGGCUGGAGCAACCACCUGCUGCAGCUGAGCAACCAGCCUCAGCUCCCCAACAGCGGCUCAUGUCGGCUGCAGCCCCACAGGAUGAAUUCCCUGACCUUGUCAUUGUGUUCUUUAUCAUUUCUGUAGUUGUUAUAGCGGGAACCCGGGUCCAACGCAGAAAGCUCACUCCUGAGUCCCCAGACUGCAGCCGCAAAGGAGCCCAAGAAGAACCCGGAGCACAAGGGGCACAGCUCCUGGGCGACAGGGUCUGCACCACUGCACCUCGCUGGGCCCACCAGAUGCUCUGA